AUGGAUGUGCGUGAAAUCAUUGCAUCUACUGCGGAGAUACGUCUGGAAGAUGAAGAACAGGGUGUGCGUUUUGAUGACGAGGGAUAUGGUGUCGCGGUGCAACUGCCGGAACGUCGCACAUGGACGUUGGUUGGCCGGUUCCUUACGGACCGAAUCAUGAAAAUGGAGAUGAUGAAGCGAGUCAUGGCCUCGGCAUGGCGGCCACUUAUGGGAAUUGAGAUAACAGACGUUACCCCGAACUUAUAUCUCUUUACAUUCUUUGAUGAGGCAGACAUGCGCCGAGUGUUGGAGGAAGGUCCUUGGGCGUUUGAGAACGCGACGUUUCUUUGCCAGGUUUUGAAUGACGUGGAAGAUCCGACGCAAGUAGUGUUGAACACUGUGGACUUCUGGCUGCAGGUUUAUGAUAUUCCAUUGGGAUACCGGACUGUAAAGGUGCUUGAGCGGAUUGGGGAUUUCGUGGGGGUGUUUUUACGUUAUGAUGAACGUAAUUUUGAGAGACCGUGGACCUCGUUCUACUGGGUACGUAUAACACAUGAUGUAUCUGUCCCUUUGAAACGUCGUAUGAAGAUGAUCAUGCGGGAUGGGACGUGGGUCUGGAUAAAUUUCAAGUACGAGCGUUUGCAUAUGUUCUGCUUUUUUGUGGUGUAA